CAGUUUAAAGCGCUCCUCGCAUGACUCUGUCGCUCCCCUCUCUACUCUUCCUCAUCCUCCUCUGCCUCCUCACAUUCACCUCUCUCCAUCGAGCUGAACGGCAGCCAAUGCUUCACAGUGCUCCUGUCCUGGGUGUGUGUCCCAUGCCUGGGAAGCACAACAAGAUCAAAGGCUUCACCUGAGAAGGACCCAAGGACCUUAUUCUCCAUCUCUUUAUGAUUUACAGCUUGAUUUGAACGAAAAUUACACUUCAUACAGCUUUAUAAGCAAGUGUGGAGCCAUGAACGAGUCGCUGGUUGUGAACGACUCCUCUGCAGCUGGAGAUCCCAUCCCAUGGAUGGAGGUUGACUCUUUGGACCAGCACAACAGCAGCUUAGAACUGUCCACCGCUCCGUUAGAGUUUCCUGUCAACCCAUGGGACAUCAUGCUCUGCAUGUCAGGAACCGUCAUUGCCUGUGAGAAUGCUAUCGUGGUAGCAAUCAUCUUCUACACUCCAACUCUGAGGACUCCCAUGUUUGUGCUGAUCGGGAGCCUGGCCACAGCAGACCUGCUGGCUGGCAUGGGAUUAAUCCUGAACUUUGUGUUCCAGUAUGUCAUCUCGUCUGAAACCAUCAGCCUCAUCACUGUGGGCUUUCUGGUAGCAUCCUUCACCGCAUCCAUCAGCAGUCUCCUAGCUAUCACUGUGGACCGUUACUUUUCCCUCUACAACGCUCUGACCUAUUUCUCAGACAAGACACUGCAGUAUGUGCAUCUGAUGUUAAUUGUGACCUGGGGGGUAUCUCUGCUGCUGGGCCUGCUGCCGGUACUGGGCUGGAACUGCCUGCACGAGCCAGCCUCCUGCAGUAUUGUGCGCCCUUUGACCCGGAGCAACGUCAUGCUCCUAGCCACCUCCUUCUUUGCCAUCUUUGUGCUCAUGCUGACACUUUAUUUUAAGAUUUGCAAGAUUGUGUGCCGACACGCCCACCAGAUUGCCCUGCAGCAGCACUUUUUCGCCACGUCUCAUUAUGUCGCCACCAAAAAGGGGGUGUCCACUUUAGCCAUCAUCUUGGGGACUUUUGGCGCCAGCUGGCUCCCCUUCGCCAUCUACUGCCUUGUAGGUGAGAAAGAGUAUCCAUCAGUGUACACCUAUGCUACGCUGCUGCCUGCAACCUAUAACUCCAUGAUCAACCCCAUAAUCUACGCCUACAGAAAUGCAGAGAUCCAACGCUCCAUCUACAUGCUUCUGUGUGGCUGCUUUCAGGCCAAUGGGUCAUACCGGUCGAGGUCCCCAAGUGAAGUCUGAAAAGGUGCUUCUGGUGUGUGUGUGUGUGUGUGUGUGUGUGUGUAAGAGACAGAGCCAAAAGACAAACCAGAAAAUUGACCUACGGCCGACAGUGAAUGCUUUUCAGACACAAAUGGGGCACAAAGACUCUACCUGCACUUUAAUAUGUCUCAACACAAGCUCAGAGGGGAGGUUAGAAAUGCUGUGAACAAGAAUUAUUGUAACUGAAAAGGACAACAAAUCUGUGAAUGUAUUGAACAGAGGAAUAAAAGAGGGAUGGAGAAUUAAAUCUGCACUUUAUCAAGUGUUUUAUUUUUAAUACCAAAGCAGUAUUGUUUGACUUUGGAUGUGUUUAAACAUUUGAACCUGUGUGCAUCCUGUGCCAUUUUUUUUUUCUAUUCUGUGUCGUACUGCCUUUGACGUCCAUUUUGUAUCAGACAAAUAAAGGAAUAAAGUCCUGCU